AAUAGAUCAUUUAAUAACAGCAGAAUUGUCUUUUCUUGUGAAUCUGUUGUGAAUUUCAUUUUUGGUUUCUUAUUUCAACCUCCGCCCGUGACGUCACAGCAUGUAGCCCCGCCCCCGAAACAACAAAAACAAAAUGGCGGCCCGCCCUCAGACCCGCGCGGGCUGACUCGUUGUUGUGUUUGUUCGUUCGGCUGCGGUUGGUCUGGUUCACGGGCGUCUCCCCGCCCGCCGCGGAGCGUUUUAACCGGGUUUAACGCGUCCAGCCCGAAAACCCGCAUCUCUCAGUUCCUCCAGGAACAUUUCCACCGACCAAUGAGAGGCAGCGCUGUCUGAACGGGAAGUGACGUACAGCAGGUUUGGGCCAAUCUGCGGGGCGGACACCGACAGCAGCAGGAAGAUCCGCCCCCGCCUGUCGGACCGGAGCGCGCCCGGAGAAGAACCGUGCAAACCCGUCCGCGCUGUGAGGUCCCGCUCCGCAGCCCCCGCAGCAGUGACGCUGAGUGUUUCCUGUGGUUUCCAUAGCAACAUGGAUAUGCAGUUGUUUAUGGAGUGUGAGGAGGAGGAGCUGGAGCCAUGGCAACAGGUGGACGACAGCGUGGAGGAAGACGAGAUGGACUUCUACGACAACUACUGCGAGCCGAUGGAAGAUUCUCCGUCUCCUCUUCCAGCCUCUGAGACUCCGCCCCCCAGGACUCCCCCGCCCAUCACACCUGCUCCCACAGCUUCAUCACCUGUACAGAUCGCCUCCUCCUCGGUGAUGCCUCCUCCUCCUCAUCCUCAUCCUCCUCCUCCUCCCUCCAUCAUCACCUCCUCCUCCUCUGUUCCCCGGCUCCCCGUUUCGUCCGUCUCACCCGCCGCAGCCGCGCCGCUGAUGGCUCAGGCCCCGCCCCUCUUCCUGACGCAGACAGCGGGCGGAACCUUCCUCCUCCCAGCAGCCCCCGGGGCCGGCAACGCCGCGCCCAUCCUCCUCACCACACAGGGUUUCCCGAUGAUGAAUCCAGGGACUCCUCUGCUGCUGAACCUGCAGCCGGGUCAGACGGUCCAGCCGCUCACUCUGAUCCAGUCCUCGUCCUUGAGUCAGCUGGUACGGCCCAGUGUGGGCGUGUCCUCGGUCCUCGCCCACGGCCAGGUCAGGCCGGGCCACGCCCCCUCCAGAGGUCCCGCCCAGCCGGGCUCGGGUUACGCCACCAUGCAGCUGCCCGCCACGCUGACCAUCCGCACCAGCACGCCAGGACCUGUUAACCUCCAGAUGACCCAGGUGGGCGGGGCCAACCCCCUGAAGUUCGCAGGUUCCCCCGUCCUUCCCUCCGGCUCGGCCAACGGAGUCGGCAGAGUGACGCCUCCGUUCAGCAGCGCAGCUCCUGGCCCCGCCCCCUCCGUCGCCAUGAACCCGAGCGUGACGACAGCGCCGACCGCCGACCCCACCAAGGUGGUGAUGAGUGUGGAGGAGUUUUAUUACGGCACGUUCGAGGGCGACCUGAGUCUGAGGAAGCCACACCCACUGGGAAUCAAAACCUCCAGCUUCACCUGCCAGAUCUGCUCGCACCUCGCCGACAACAACCUGAGGUUGAUGCAACACAUGCUGCAGCACUCGGAGUUGAUCAGCGGAGGAGGAGAAGGUGACGACAGGAAGUGCUGCAGGUCUUGUUACCGUCAGUUCUCGUCUCCGGCUCAGCUUCACAGUCACCAGGAGCAGGUGCAUGGCCCCGCCCUCUCCUCCUGUAUGUGUCGGAUAUGUGAGUGGGCGUUUGAGAACGAGCCAGCCUUCUUGAACCACAUGAAGUCCAACCACAAACCAGGAGAGAUGCCCUAUGUCUGCCAGGUGUGUUCGUAUCGCUCGUCCUUCUACUCGGAUGUCCUGCAGCAUUUCGCCAGCUUCCACAGAGACUCUCGCUUCCUGCUGUGUGUUUUCUGUCUGAAGGUGACCAGGAACCCCACCAGCUACCAGCAGCACCUGCUGCGACACCAGAUCAACCAGGCGUUCCACUGUAACAGGUGUCGUCUUCAGUUCGUCUUCCUGAAAGAUAAAAUGCAGCACAAACUGGAGAACCACCGCAGCGUCCGCAGACCUGCUAAACUGGAGGGCUUGCCGCCGGGGUCAAAGGUGACCAUCAGGACCUAUGGGAAGAUCAGGUCUGCGAUGACAUCAGCAGGGGGCGGCACCCAUCUCCUCCAGAGCCCCUCCCCUCUCAUCCAGCCAAUCAACAUCAAGACAGAGCAGCAGAGGUCUCCGACCCACAGGAACCCUCUGCUACCCAAAUCCCCCCGAUCCCCGACAAAGAGAGCGGUGAUCCGCAGAGCCCACGCCAACAGGAGUUCGUCCCUCGAAGGAGACCGAUUGGUGUGUCUGGAGUGUGGAACCGACGCCUCCGACUUCUCCGCUCACUACCCGACUCACGUCCACUGCCUGCUGUGUCCCUACAGCAGCUGCUGCUCCAGAGCCUACGCUGCUCACAUGAUCCACCACCAUGUGCCGCGUCCUAAAGACAAAGCUGUUCCUCUGUACCGGCAGCCUCCUCCAUGCCGCUUCCUGCUGCAGUGCUCUCACUGCGACUUCAGACCUCAGACUGCAGAUCUGAUGGCCGAUCACCUGCUGACCAACCCCGAACACCACAGCGCCACCUGCCAGACCAGGAUCUAUGUGGAACCUGACAUCCAGUUCUGCCAGGAUGACGAGCAGCAUUCUCCAGAAGAGAAGGAACCAGACCAGAACAAAGACUUACCUGAUCCGUCCUGGAGGUCAGCAGACUGUUGGAAACCGGCGGCGGAGGACGACGGCACAAAGUCUUCCAUCAUCCCGUUCAUGCAGAUCAGCGGACCUAAGCACUCUCUGUCCAGAAACAGCGAUGCCAUCGACUUCUUCAACCUUCUCUUCCCCUCAGCUCUGGUGGAGCUGAUCACCAACGAGACCAACGCCCACGCCAAGACCUGCCAGUACCUGGGCUCCUGCAACCCAGACUGGUUCCCCGUCACCACCCAUGAGGUCAAAGGUUUCAUGGGCCUGGUGAUUCUGAUGGGGAUACAGAACCUGCCUGACCCAUCACACUACUGGUCCUGGAGUCACUAUGAUAACAGCUACACUUUCUACCGCGCCAUGAGCUUCAAGCGCUUCAAGCAGAUCGCUGCCAACAUCCGCAUGGGCAGCUUCGCCACAGAUGUUUAUCGUCAUAGCAGCAACCCCGGUGACUCGCUGCACAUCUUCAGGCCGAUGCUGGACAUCCUGGGAGGAGCCAUGUGGAACACUUACCGGCCAAACUGCUGCUUGACCAUCGACAGGGCACUGCUGCCCAGCCUCGAGGAGGAGAGCUGCCCCGUCAAGGGGAACCCGAAGACCCAGCCUCAGGUCUGGCUGCUCUGUGACUCCAAGUCCGGCUACUGCCACCGCCUCUUCAUCCAGGUGGGUGAGAAGGCGGGCCAGGAGCCGGGCUUCACUGUUGUGCCGGAGCUUGUGAAGGGUCUGGAGGACAAACACCACCAGCUGUAUCUGGCCAACUCGCUCACAUCGGUCCCACUCAUGCAGAAGCUCCUGGACCAGGGCAUCUACGCCUCCAGCUCCUUCCCUCCACCCAACCCCAUCCUUCCCAGAGAGCUCUGGGACGAGGGCCAGCUGGAGAAACCUGGGGACUUCUUGCAGAGGCAGUUUGGCCCCCUGCUGGCCACCCGCUGGAGGGACACCAAGGAGAUGGGCUGCCUGUCGACUAAUGCUCCUCCGGGUGAGCCAGACACCGUGUGGAGGAGGUCCCAGACCAAAGUGGGCGGCCUGGAUCCCAUCGACCGCCCCAUGGCCUUCCAUCUCUUGCAGGAGAAUAUGCGAGGGGUCGACAUCUGCAAACAGCUGCUGGCCUGCAACCCGCUGGGAGGAAUACCUCAGGACAGACACUGGCGCAGUCUCUUCUGGUUUCUGCUCAACCUGAGCAUCGUCAACGCCUUCAUCGUGCUGCGAGAGAGCCGCAAAGAGAACCCGCCGGCCUGGGUGCAAGACGGCCUCUUCACUCAGGUCAACUUCCGCAAGCGUCUGGGCAACCAGCUCGCCAAAUGUGCCCAGAAAUACUUUGAGACGAUGGAGAUCGCCAGCUCACGCGGGAUGAGGGUGGAGGCGGCAGACGGACCCGUUAAACAGAGACACCGGAUGGCAAAGAUCAGCGCCAUCUCUAAGAGGUGCAAGAACUGCAACCUGAAGAACAUCCGGCAUGAGAGCGUUUAUGGUUGCAUCAUCUGUAAAGCCAACUUGUGUAAACAGCCAAACUGCUUCUGGGAAUUUCACGGCAUGUCACCUCUCAACAAAGGAUCAACAAAAAUCGGCUUUAUCAAGAACAGACUGAGCGGAGAAGUCGAGGUGGACGAGGUUGACAACAACAUGGACGGUUCGAUGGCGCCGGUGGAGGACUUUGACUUUUCUGAAGAUGAGAGAAUAGAAGAUCUGGAUGAUAUCGAUGACGAAACUGAAGAUAUAAAGGAAGAAUUUAACAAAGAAGUUAAACGUCCCACGUGUCAGUUGCCAUCAGCGACAAACGGUCACGGCCAAUCAGCGGCAAUCCUGUCAGCGUCAAAAGAGCGCGAGGACUUCCUUACUGCGCGUCAGCUGAGGGUCACUCUGUUCGCUCUGUGUGACGGGCUGCAACAAGCCUCGCGAGUCUUUGCGACGGAGCAGCAGCUCAUCCGGUCCUGGCUGAAGGAGGCCAGGAAGCGUUUGAAGCAGACUGAACAGGAACAGAAGGUCCUCGCCGACGGCGGGGAACGCAUGGUGGCGUGGGUGCUCGCCAUGCGUGAGCAGCAACUCCCGAUCAGUGAGAGCAGCCUCUUCCACAAAGCCUCCACGCUGAAGAAGAAGGGAAGUUUCAGCGACUCCUUCCGCAUUUCCUACGACUGGGCGGUGAGCUUUAUGCUGCAGCACCGGCUCGGCCUGCGGAGCGUCGGACGGGCGGCCACGCUGGCUCGCACGCUGCCGCCAUCUCUGGAGGCCAAAGUCACGUCCUUCAGGGAGUUCACCCAGAAGAUCGUUCACGUCCACAAGCUCCCAGGAGGCACUAUAGCUGCAAUGGAUGAACUCUGUCUCUUUGUGGAUUUGAGGAUAGUUCAGGACAAGUGUCGCCGUGCGGAGGCCCUGGAGCUCACGGGGUCUGUACCUCUGGUCACGGUGUACCUGACGGCGCUGGCUGAUGGUACCAUGCUGCCCUCCCUGGUGCUGGCAAACAGGCAGCUGGAUGAGAAAGUCCUGCCAGAGUUCAUCCUGCUGGAGGCCGGCCCGGACGGUCUGUUAGUAGAAGAUGCCUUGGAUCUCUGGACUAAAAGGGUUUGGCUACAGCACGUGUCCGGUCCAGCUCAGCUCAGCAAAUCCUUACUGGUGUUGGACCGACACCGGGAACACAUGGGAGAUUCAUUCCUCACCGCCAUCAGCGGAUCGGGUACCCUCCCGGCGGUGAUCCCCGGAGGCUGCUCCUUCCACCUUCAGCCUCUGGAGGUUUGCAUGAAGCCGGUGCUGCAGCGCUUCUUGCUGUCGCGCUGGGCGAAGUUCAUCGCCGGAGACCCGACGGAGCUGGAGGAGACGUCGCCCCACCGGCUCCAAGCAAACGUCGCACAGCUGCUGGUCGACUGGCUGGUCGAGGCUCUGACAAACCUCAACAAACUCCCCCAGCUCUGGAAGAAGUCGUUCCAACUGACAGGCCUUCUGCCGAGGCAGAAAGAGGAGGACAACGUGGAGACGAAGGAGGAGGAGACAAGUCAGAACUUAGAGGAGAUCCAGUCAGACCUCUUGAAGACUCUGACAGAGACUCUGCUGGGCUCUGAAGCUUUGGAGGAGGAUUCUCCUGAUCUGCUGGAGCUGGAGGACGAAAAGGACACAGAGGAAGCACCGGAGACAUCAGAGGAGACAUCAGAGGAGAAAGAGGAGGACAAAGAGGAGGAAGGGAAGGACAGGGAGGAGGGAGGUGGGCAGGAGGACAUGGAAACAGAAGGGAAGGAUACAGUGAAAGAAAAGGAAGAAGACAGGGAGCAGAAAGAGGAAGUUAAGAAGAUAGAGGAGGACAGUGAGGAAGAAGGGAAGGAGGUGGUGGAGGACAGGAAGGAGGCGAGCAAGGAGAGACGUGAGACCAGGAUAGUGAUAGGAGAGGAGGUGGGUGAUGAGUGGAAGAUAACGGUGAAGAGCAAGACAGAAGGUGUAGAGGCAGACGGAGACGACGAGAGCUGAGCAGACGAGGAAACAGCUGUUUGAGGAGACGUUUGGUUUUAUAUUUUAAAUGGGGGGGAGUAACGACCAGACGAGUGUGACAGGCUGAGACCCGUCAGUCGAGGUGAACAUCCCCCCCCCCUCCAGGUACACCUUUGUUGGUGUCCCGGAAGCUGCAGCUUGUUCUGUAGGAUCUGAGUCCUGGACAGACGAGAACCUGCCGUCAGAUGACACGAGAAGAAGCUCAGUGCAUCUGCUGAGAGCUGAACUUGUUGUGGAAACGCUGUUCUGACUUUGGAGGUUUUCCUCAUUCACACAGAUCACAGCAGCCUCUAGUGGACGUUAGAGGAACUGCAGCACCACAGCUGUUGGUUUCAUGUCCAGAUGUUGAGACUGAAGUAGAGACAAGUUCAGCGUGAAGACAGACACUUAACGCUCCCUUCAUUUUAUACUUAUUUACUAUACUUUAGAUACUUUACAGGCAUCUAACAGUCAAUCUUCAGGACAUUUUGCAAAACAUUUUGGUGCAAUUUGGUAAAAAAUGAACAAGGACAAUGAGGAAAACUCAGUUUAGUCUGUUUAUAUUUGGAAUCAUAUGUGAUUCUUAAUUUUCCCAAAUUUUAACAGAAAUUCUUUGUUUCUUUGUGUAAUUUGUGUAAUUUGGUAGUAAAGGAGAAAUUUGCUCCUUUAUAGAGUUUUAAUGUAAUUUGUUAAUAUUUAGUUUGACAUUGAAAAGUAUUUUCUGUCAGUUAAAGAAUUGUCAAAAGUCUAAUUUAUGAAGAAUUUUUAAAAAUUAACAACUCGUGAGUCACCAAAUGAAUAAAAUCAGAAUAAAACUAUUUUUCUGUUGUUUUUUUAUAAUUUGAACCUUCAGUUCUGUCAGUUUCAUACCUGCAGAGACGUUCAGUGUAAGAUGAAGGGAGCAGUAAAAUAAAGUGUUUUAAAUUUGUGCAGCUUGAGCAGAAACGCUGCAGAACGAACCUGCUGCUGUCUGCGGUGCGACGCAGCCGAGUGGAUGAAAAGUUCAGACGGAAACAUGACGAACAUGAAACAUGACGAACAUGAAACAUGACGAACAUGAAACAUGACGAACAUGA